UCCCCAGCCAAUCCACCCUCGCCUCGUCCCACUCCCGCACCAGCCACCGCCCAAACCCUAUCCCCCUUUCCCCUCGAUCCCCACAACCUCUCCCGCCUCUAUCCCUCCUCCUCGCGUCACCACGGCCUCCGCCCCGGAGCCUCGCCGCCGCCUGAUAAUACUCCUCCACCAUGCUAGCCCCUCCACCUCACCUUCCUUCUUUUUGUUAUCUGCGCCCGUCAUCGAUGCCUGGUUCCAGAUCGGGCGCGGGUUAGACGAGGUCGAUGGUGGGGUGAAUGGGCAGGGGAGGCGGGGGACGAGGGCAGGCAACAGUCGGCCCGUCGCGAUGUGGUGAAGCUACAGGGAAGAGGGAGGAGGUCGGCGACAGGGUGAAGGAGCAAGCCGGUCCCCAUGGAGGCAGCGCUACCAGCCAGCUAGGGAGGCGGUCCGGCUCGCCUCUGCUAUGCCGUGAGCGGCGGCGCUACCUCUGCCUCCAGCCUCACCUCCUCUGCCAACCAUGGGAAAAUUUUGGGGAGACCCAAGGUGAGCUUCCCCUCCGUUGCAUGACCCAAGAAUAAUAAUUCAAGUGGAUGGCCAAUGCGUCUUGUUGUUUAGCGGUAUGAUGGUCGGUGAAAGUAUGUUCUAUAUAUAUUGCAAGGAUCAUAAGAUGCUUUUAAACAUGAUUAUGUGAUGCUCAGAGACAUUUUGCACAGUAGAAACUUCUUGUGAAGCUUGAUUUUAUUCAGAGCCAUAUGAUUUUUUUAUAGAAACAUGAGCAGAGUAAAAUGGACACAGCUUCUGGUACAUCUGAGGACAGUGUGAUUUCUUUUCUUAGAAUGUUGUCAUCUAUAUCUUGCUGAAGUACAGAACUAUUGCACCGACGACCACAAUGGGAUGGAUCAAGCAGCCAAGACUCAGUGGUCGACAGUGCGACUCUUCCAGCACUGAAGUUAUGUCUUUUGGGCCAAUUUCAAUUGCCUCACUACCUCUACACAUGGAUCCUGUAGGUAUUUCCUAAUGUAAGUGUCACUAUUUUUCUUCUUUAUGUACCUGGACGGGAGUGCUCAUGAGGAUGACGACAUGCUACUGAACUCAAAUUCAAAAAUGAAGUUGGGGGCCUGGGGUUUGGAGCCCCUCAGUAGAAGUGCUCAGGCGGCAUGUCAUAGUUGUUUGCUGAUAAUUUACCAAGAACAAAUUUUGCUUGUCUCUAGCAUUAGGCUAUGAGCCCUAAAGCAGUUCCAAUGUGAUGAUCUACCUCUUGACUAGGAAGGGGGGAUUGAAAGAUAGCACUUGUCGUUUGAAGCAAUUAGUAUUGGACUAUUUGAGGAAGUAAAUGUUUAAACCACUAAACCUUAUAUUCUUUUGUAAAAAGGAGGGUGCAGAUAAAUAAGAGUUGUUGGCAGCAGCAACCUACACAUGUGGAAACAGUGGCUAUGGCGGCUCAAAGGGAAGUUGUGGCCGCUAGACAGCAACUCACAACUUAGUGGCAGCUCAAAGUACAUGUAAUCUAUUUCUUCUUGGAGCUAUCUACUAUAAUAUUAUACUACUAUAGUACACGAUUUUCUGAAUAUUUGAAUCUGCCCUCUUCUCUCUUGUUUUACCCGCCACAUCCAAGAUGGAAUCAUCUGUGGCCGUCAACUUAUUAAAUCGAACGGCCUGUAUCACCCGGAUUCGUCACCCAUGCAAUCCCGCCAAACCUGAAAAUGAGCCGCGCUUCUAGAGAACUCCACGACCCACGGUAGCUUCCAGGCUCUGGCAAAUCAAUUCCCCGCCAACCUCCUCACGCUGAUCUUUCCCCUGUAAUCUGGAUGCUCCGUAUCCAGUAUUCCAAUUUCUCUAGCCCGCGGGUCACACACCACCAGCUCCAUUGGUCCAUCCCCCCGUCCACACACCCAGCACGGCAGCACCUCCGAAUCACCUCCACGUCCAGAUUGCAUCUCCAGCCCCGUCUCCUUGCAGUCUGUGGCUUGCUUCGAAAUUUGUUUGUGCCCGGUGAUUCCAGGCUCAGAGUAGUUGGACAUCCAUCUACGGCCAGCUGACCACAGGUGCCGCUGAUCACAGGUUGUGGUUGAAAACACUUGGCUUACAAAAUCAAGUAAAAUCGACAAGAUGGAAGGCCGGGUUCCAUUCAGAGAUAUUACAAAUGUUCACCCAACAACUUCACCAAAAAGGAACUACUCUGUCGUUGGAGAGCAGAAUGAUCCUUUAGUUGAAACCAGAAAUGCUACGCAAAUGAAUUCUUCCCAGCGUAAGCGUUACCGUGACCGGGAUAGAUACUUGCAAAUGACUCCAUAUCAGAGGGAAGCCUAUUUGCAAAGGAAUCGUGAGUACAAAAGAAUGAGGCGUGAGUGCAGCGCAAGUUGUAGUAAUACACAACCAGCACCCCAGCAGAAAAAUACAAGAGCUAAUAAGAACAUAUGCAUGACAGGAAAGGAAGUCGUGGCCAGUUCAAACUAUGAGAAGCAUGAUUCGGUAUUUACUCAACUGGGGUCUUCAUCAAAAGGAAAACAAGUGGCGGAUGUUGGUGGUUCUGGCACAAGUCGUCCAAAAGCUGGAACUCGAUUCACCAUCAGUCCAUCUGGCAUAUAUUUAUCAUCAAUAUCCUCGGAAGAUCAAGCUGCAAAAUAUGAAUUGAAAAAUGUACGUCAGCGUAAGCGACAUCGUUGCGUCAACAUGCACUCAGAACUGUCACAUGAUCAAGAAGAAACACACGUACAAGAGAUUUGUGGCCAUAAUAAAAGACAGAGGCCAGAAAAAGAAAGUUGUAGUACUGCACGGGAUCGUGGCAGAGAGACCAACAACUUGCAUGAAGACCUCAUUUAUGUGCCCCAGGAUUCUUUUCCUGCCAUUCAUGAAUAUCUGGCAAAUACUGAAGACUCCAUUGAGUACGAUGAUGUGGAUGAUGAGAGUCUAAUGUAUAAUAGACCAUGUCUUGACUUUGAAUCAUAUCAAGAGCCAAAGCAUGUCACAAAAUGCAUACAAGCAGAUCCAUAUGAUCAUAUAUAUCAUAAAUUGCCCCGUGGCUAUCAUUUUCUAGAGCGAGUGCCCAACUGUAGACAUUGCAAUGCGAAAAGGUUCCAAUAUGAGACGCCAACAUUUUGUUGCAUGAAUGGAAAAGUAAAGAUAGUAACCCCAGUGGUUCCUGAUGAAUUGCGUCAGUUGUACACGAGCCAGGAUCCAAAUGCAAAAUACUUCCAAGAUCAUAUACGGUACUUCAAUUCUCAUUUCUCUUUUACCUCUCUUGGUGUGAUCUUGGACCAAAGAUUCUGCAAUAGGAGGUCUGGAGUAUACACCUUUCGCGCACAGGGCCAAAUUUAUCACCGUAUUGACCAGUUGGUUCCAAAAGAAGAUGGCCCCAAGCAUUUACAGUUAUACUUCUAUGACACGGAUGCAGAUUUGCAACAAAGAUUUCUUCACUCGCCAAACCUUGACCAAACUCUGAUCCGGAAGUUGGUGAAUAUACUUUCAAGUAAUCCUUAUGCACAAAUAUUUAGAAACCUUGGUUCUAUUCCAAACCUUGAUGAAUAUAAUAUUGAGCUUAACACAAAUAUUGCCUUAGAUCAAAGAGUAUAUAAUGCUCCGACAACAUCACAAGUAGCAGCAAUUUGGGUCGAGGGAAAUAAUCCUCGAAGUUAUUUUGACAGGAGUAUCAUGGUUUACGGUAAAUCGGACAAACCACAAUACAUAAAAGCAUACCAUGGUUGCUAUGAUCCAUUGUCAUAUGCACUUUUUUUCCCGAAUGGGGAAGUUGGAUGGAACCUGAAUUUACCAAAAGUUGCUCCCCAUGGUAAGAGGAAGAGAAAUGAUCAAGCAAAUGCUCUCAGCGAAGAAGGAGUGGAAAAGAGCUCUGGUUCUUGUGUAUCACCAAGGGAAUAUUAUUGUUAUAAGUUACAAAUCCGAGAUGGCGAGUUCAACGUCUUACUAUUUGGAAAGAGAUUAACUCAACAGUAUAUUGUUGAUAUGUACAUCAAGAUUGAAUCAAUAAGGUUGGCUUUCUAUUUACAACCGUCAACUCAGGUUCUCAUACGUGCAGAUUUAUAUCAAGGAUUGGUUGAUAGUGUUGUAGCCGGUGAGACACGUGCAUGCAUGACUGGAAAGCGUAUUGUGCUCCCCCUGAAAUUUAUUGGAGGACCAAGAGACAUGCGCUGAAGGUAUCUAGAUGCAAUGGCAUUGGUCCAACGGUUUGGAAAGCCAGACUUAUUCAUUACAGUGACUUGCAACCCGCAAUGGGAAGAGAUAACUAGAGAGCUGGAACCAGGUCAAUCGCCACAAGAUCGUCCAGAUUUGGUAGCACGGGUCUUCAAGGCAAAGUUGGAGGAUCUUAAAGAUCUUUUAUUCAAGAGGAAAUUAUUUGGUGAAGUUGUUGCACAUGUUCAUGUAAUAGAAUUUCAGAAGAGAGGCCUACCGCAUGCACACUUCUUAAUUAUUCUGAAGUCAACUUGCAAGAUUACUAAUCCAGAUCAAUAUGAUGAGAUAAUAUCAGCAAAGAUCCCAGAUAAAGACAAAUACCCUGUACUGCAUGCUUUAGUUAUUAAGCACAUGAUGCAUGGACCAUGCGGAGUUCUCAACAGUAAGAAUACUUGCAUGGAAAAUGGAAGUUGUAGAUACCAUUAUCCACGGACAUUCUCAGAGACAACACUACAAGGAAAGGACUCAUAUCCAAUUUAUAGACGGAGGGAUGAUGGUUGUCGAGUUCGCAUUAGGGGUGCGGUCUUGGAUAAUAGAUGGGUUGUUCCUUAUAGUCCAUAUCUACUUAUGCGAUAUAAUUGCCAUAUAAAUGUAGAAGUUUGCUCUAGCAUUAAGGCCGUUAAAUAUUUAUUUAAAUACAUCUACAAAGGUCAUGAUCGCGCA